CUGAAGUGAAAGUAACAGCCCAUCUUCUGAACAGCGGAACCGAAACAUGCAGCGGCUUCUGGCAUCUGUAUGUCGCCCAAGUAUCUUGACGAAUAUAGCGGAAGUCAGCCAGAUUAACAGGGCUAGCGGCUGCCGAUUCUUGCACACCAGCUCGCCAGUCGCCGAUUUGAGAGAAUUCCUGGACUGGGACUCGCGGGACAGCGGCAACACCGAAGCAUAUGGGAGGGGCUGGAAGGUUGAGGAGCUGCGCAACAAGUCAUGGCAGGACCUCCAUAAACUCUGGUACGUGUGCCUAAAGGAGCGCAACCUGCUGCUGACGGAGCUGGGCUGGAAGCGCAUCCCCAAGGACGCGGAGGAGCAGCGCAUGCGCUCCAUCCCGGUGGGGGCGGACGCUGUGGAGUCGGACGUGCACCGCCUCAGAUACCAGGAGGUCCAGUCCAGCAUGCGCCACAUCCGGCAGGUGCUGCAGGAGCGGGUGGAGGCGGAGCUCUCGCCCGCACUGCGCAAGGAGAUGCAGGCGGUCAUUGACGCGCGCUAAGCAGGGGGCGGAGGCACAGAUGGCUAGGGCCGGAGCUUCACGGCUUCGGGGCUUGGGCUGGACGUAGGCUAGAGCACUAGGGGGGUUCCGCGCUAUGUAUGGGUUUGGAGGAAUGAUGGUAACUGGAUGCCGGUAUCGCUGCUUGGUCUGAGCUGGGCUGGGUUGGAAGAGACGCGGGUGCUGCUGGUGAAGCUGGCGGUCUGCAGCAGCAGGAGCGCAGCAGCUGAGAGCGGUUGGCUUGGCUGCGCGCGUGACGCGCGGGCGUGGCGGCACGCUGGGUGGCAGUGCGCGGGCGUAGGGUGGGUUGCAGGCCAUUUGUCACAUUGGUGUGCAAGCCACGCGUGAACCCGGGGGUGUCCUUGAGGGCCGCCACCCUGCAUGAUGUAGGAUUUGCACCCACCCUAGGGCUGCAAGCCAUGCCAGCCACAUGCGCAUGACGGGUUGGUGGCGGCUUCCGACAGCGCUGGUCGGGACGGAGAAGGGGCGGUGGUGGUGGUGGUGGUGGCGACGAGGCGGGUGUCCCGGGGGCCUCCGGUGGUGCGGCGUGCAUACAACCGUAGUGAAAUGGCGUGCGAUGGAUUGCAUGCGCAUGAUGAUGUGUGCGAGGGGAGGGGAUGUACUACCCGGAAUCCCUGGUCCCUGUAGCACAGCCAGGCGAGCGCGCGGGGUACUGCGUGCAUGCAUGCGCCACGUUGGGAGAUGAAGACCGAGGCAAAUGAUGACGGUGGGGGGACGUCAGGUGGCAGCUUGUGCGUU